AAAUUUAGGAAGGCCAAAUAUAAGAGUCGCAGUAACCAAACAAAAAGCACUUAAUUUGGUUUGGUUUGGUUUGUUGUUGUUGGUGUGUGUAUUAAUACUAGUAGUUAAAAGAUGGUCACACACGUUGCACUAGUGCACUCCACUCAUAACCAAGCAACAGAAAAGAAACAAGGAAAAGGUGGACGAAUCUUAGAUCAAAAUGGAUGCAGAAAUUAACAAUUUCAUCAUGGUAUGGAGCGUAGCUGCAUCAACGAUGUGCUAUUGCCACACAAUUGGCAAGCUAAUAUCUCAAGGCACACCAAGACUCAUAGCAAUCUUCCCUGCCAUAAUUCUCCUCUUUCUCCUCCCUCUAAGACUCACUUCUAUUCAUCUUGGAGGUCCCACUUCUUUCUUCUUAGGUUGGCUUUCCACUUUCAAACUCUUCCUCUUUUCCUUUAACAAAGGUCCUCUCUCAACUAACCCUCCUCUCUCUUUACUUCACUUCAUUUCCCUUGCAUGCCUCCCCAUCAAAUUCCAAAACCAACCCAAUAAUAAUAUUAAUACACACACCGACAACAACAAUAACCCUUCAAAAUCCCAAAAUCGAAAUUACCCAUCUCCCCAAAUUUCCAAAAAAUACAACAAAUCAUCAAAUCUUAGAUAUGGAUAUGCAACAAUGAUUAUCAUAUUAGCCUCUUUAAUUCCUCUCUAUGCUAAAAAAGAAAAUUUUCAUCCAAAAUUUGUAUUGCUAUUAUACACAUUACACAUGUAUAUUGGCCUUGAAUUCUUUUUCGCGUUAGCAUCAACAUUCACUAAAAAAAUUCUGAGUGUUGAGCUCGAACCACAAUUCGACAAACCAUAUCUAAGCACUUCACUUCAAGAUUUUUGGGGGAAAAGGUGGAAUAUUACGGUGAAUCGCGUACUACACCCCACCGUAUACGAACCCGCAGUGAAAUUUUUUUGUCGUUUGAUUGGGAGAAAGUGGGCCCCACUACCUGCGAUUGUCGCUACUUUUAGCGUGUCGGCUUUGAUGCACGAGGUUGUUUUUUAUUACAUUAAAAGGGAAAAGCGCACGUGGGAGGCUUGGGAACCCUCGUGGAACGCAACGUGCUUUUUUAUAUUACAUGGGGUGUGUUUGGCUGUUCAAGUUGGGAUUAAAAAAGCUGUUGGGGAGAAGUUGAAGUUGCCGAGGAUGAUGUCGUGGCUGCUCACAGUGGUGUUUGUGUUGUAUACGGCGUUGUGGUUGUUUGUUCCAGCACUUGUGCGGUGUCGCGUUUAUGAUAAGGCUUCGAGAGAGUUGACUGCUUUGACCGACUUUGUGAAGAACGUUGCAAGGGUUGCCUUUUAUUACGAGGAAAGUACCCGUGGAUAGUGGAUGACAUUCAUGUCAGAGAAUCGAUCCUAAAAUAAACCAUCAAAUUGGUAUCCGCUAGUUACUAUCAAAUUUGAUUUUUAUUUUUAUCCAAAUGUUAUUAAAAUUGUUUUUGCGUGAAUCAAAAAUCACUUCUCCCAUAAAACAUAAAUUUGUUUAUUGAAUCUUAAUUUUGUCGUUGUUAAGGUACCUUUUUUUUCAUUUAUUUUGUCCUUAUUAACAUUUUUCUUCUAAUUUUUUGAAUUUAAAUAAUAAUCACUUUAAAUCAGUGAAAUGCUACUUAUUUGGCCUGA